CCGGCCACCGUGCAUGGAGACGGACUUUUUGAUGGAGAAACCCGAACUGUCGCAACCCGUGGGAAUGAUUCGGCUGUCCGAGGUUUGGAUAAAAUCCGCCCUGUUCCCUUUGGGGGAUCCGAAUGAGGGAAGACGCCGACACCUUCACUGCGGAGCCAAGGACAUUUCUGUAUAAUCAGCGAAUGAAAGGAUUUUCUCAGACUCUUUCCCCCUUUUCCUUGAGGAUUACUCCACCGUCCGCGGCUCCAGCGGGGACGGACGCGAUGUGACCGGAGCCCGCGGCGCCUCCGUGGUCGCUGUGGACGCUGCCUGCACCGGGAGGACUUCUCACUCAUGCCGCUCCGCCCCUGCCCCCAGCUCCCUUCUGAUCUCACGAGACGGCUGGUUCUCAUUUUCCGAGUUAAGUUCUAUUUCCAAAACUGUUCUCUGGAGCUAUAAGUGGAUUGGCAGAAAUGAGAGAUUAGGAGCUGGAAGAGCCCUGUGUCGUGUCCUCUCGCAGCCGCCGCCGCCGACAUGAAGUGCUUUUUCCCAGUGCUGAGCUGUCUGGCUUUGCUGGGUGUGGCAUCUGCACAGCGGCAAGUUACUGUCCAGGAAGGACCACUGUACCGCGCGGAGGGUUCCCACAUCACCAUCUGGUGCAACGUGAGUGGCUACCAGGGACCCUCAGAGCAGAAUUUCCAGUGGUCCAUUUACCUGCCCUCUGCCCCAGAGCGUGAGGUGCAGAUCGUCAGCACCGUGGACUCUUCAUUCCCUUACGCCAUCUACACCCAGCGUGUCCGAGGCGGGAAGAUCUAUGUGGAGAGAGUGCAGGGGAACUCGGCCUUACUGCAUAUCACAGAGCUCCAGGCCCGGGAUGCCGGGGAGUAUGAAUGCCACACACCCAACACUGAUGAGCGCUACUUUGGCAGUUACAGUGCAAAGAUGAACCUAGUAGUGAUCCCAGACACCCUCCAGACCACUGCCAUGCCCCAGACUCUGCACAAAGUGGAACAAGACCCUCUGGAGCUCAGCUGUGAGGUGGCCACCGAGACAGUCCAGCACAGCCACCUGUCUGUGUCCUGGCUGCGGCAGAGGGGUGGCGAGAGGCCUGUGGAGGUCAUUUCCCUGAGCCGAGACUUCGUCCUGCACUCCAGCAGCGAGUAUGCCCAGAGACAGAGCCUGGGGGAAGUGCGGCUGGACAAGCUGGGGAGGACCACCUUCCGACUCACCGUCUUCCACCUGCAGCCUUCUGACCAGGGCGAGUUCUACUGCGAGGCCGCCGAGUGGAUCCAGGAUCCAGAUGGGUCGUGGUACGCCAUGACCCGAAAGCGCUCUGAGGGUGCCGUGGUCAACAUCCAGCCCACUGACAAAGAGUUCACCGUGCGGCUGGAAACAGACAAGCGGCUGCACACAGUGGGCGAGCCGGUGGAGUUCAGGUGCAUCCUAGAGGCGCAGAACAUUCCUGACCGAUACUUCGCCGUCUCCUGGGCCUUCAACAGCUCGCUCAUUGCCAGCAUGGGGCCUAAUGCUGUGCCGGUCCUCAACAGCGAAUUCGCCCACCGCGAAGCCAGGGGACAGCUGAAAGUGGCCAAAGAAAGUGACAGUGUCUUUGUUCUGAAGAUUUACCACCUCCGCCAGGAGGACAGUGGGAAAUACAACUGUCGUGUGACCGAGCGGGAGAAGACAGUCACCGGCGAGUUCAUUGACAAGGAAAGCAAGCGUCCUAAGAACAUCCCCAUCGUGGUCCUCCCGCUCACAGAUAACUGGGUAGUUAAAGUUCCCCAGCACCACCAGAUCCUGCCCCAAGGCCACUUGGAGAGCAGCAUCUCCGUGGAGGUGGCCAGCAAUGCCAGCGUCAUUCUUGAGGGCGAGGACCUGCGCUUCUCCUGCAGCGUCCGCACAGCGGGCAGGCUGCAGGGCCGCUUCUCUGUCAUCUGGCAGCUGGUGGACAGGCAGAACCGCCGCAGUAACAUCAUGUGGCUAGACCGGGACGGCACCAUGCAGCCGGGCUCAUCUUACUGGGAGCGCAGCAGCUUUGGGGGCGUCCAGAUGGAACAGGUGCAGCCCAACUCCUUUAGCCUCGGGAUCUUCAACAGCAGGAAGGAGGAUGAGGGCCAAUACGAAUGCCACGUGACCGAAUGGGUGCGAGCAGUGGAUGGGGAGUGGCAGAUAGUGGGGGAGCGGCGUGCCAGCACCCUUAUCUCCAUCACGGCUCUGGAAACAGGCUUUGCGGUCACGGCCAUCUCCCGGACUCCAGGAGUCACCUACGGCGACUCCUUUGACCUGCAGUGCAUCAUCAAACCCCACUAUCCGGCCAGGGUGCCCGUGUCGGUGACAUGGCGGUUCCAGCCUGUGGGAACUCUGGAGUUCCAUGAUCUUGUGACUUUCACACGGGAUGGAGGGGUCCAGUGGGGGGACAGGUCCUCCACCUUCCGAACUCGGACUGCCAUCGAGAAGGCUGAGUCCAGCAACAAUGUCCGCCUGAGCAUCAGCCGGGCCAGUGACACAGAGGCAGGCAAGUACCAGUGUGUGGCAGAGCUGUGGCGGAAGAACGACAACAGCACGUGGACGCGGCUGGCAGAGAGGACCUCCAACCUGCUGGAGAUUCGGGUGCUGCAGCCAGUGACAAAGCUUCAGGUGAGCAAGUCCAAGAGAAGCCUCACCCUGGUGGAAAGCAGGCCCAUUCAGCUGAACUGCUCCGUCAAGUCACAGACCAGCCAGAACUCGCACUUUGCUGUGCUCUGGUAUGUCCACAAGCCCUCGGACGCCGAUGGCAAGCUCAUCCUCAAAACCACCCACAGCUCUACCUUUGAGUAUGGCACCUACGCUGAGGAGGAGGGCCUGCGGGGCCGCCUGCAGUUUGAGAGGCACAUGUCCGGGGGCCUAUUCAGCCUCACUGUGCAGAGAGCCGAGGUCACUGACAGUGGCAGCUACUACUGCCAUGUGGAGGAGUGGCUGCUGAGCCCCAAUUACGCUUGGUACAAGCUGGCAGAAGAGGUUUCGGGACGCACAGAGGUCACUGUGAAACAGCCAGACAGCCGCCUGAAGCUCAGCCAGGCCCAGGGGAACCUGUCUGUUCUGGAGACUGUGCAGGUACAGCUCGAGUGUGUAGUCCUGAACCGGACAAGCACAGCCUCCCAGCUCCUGGUGGAGUGGUUUGUGUGGAAGCCCAACCACCCGGAGCGGGAAACCGUGGCCCAGCUGAGCCGAGAUGCUACCUUCCACUACGGUGAGCAGGCAGCCAAAAACAACUUAAAGGGCCGGCUGCACAUGGAGAGUCCUUCCUCUGGCGUGUACAGACUCUUCAUCCAGAAUGUAGCAGUGCAGGACAGCGGGACCUACAGCUGCCGUGUGGAGGAGUGGCUGCCCAGCCCCAGUGGCGUGUGGUAUAAGCGGGCCGAGGACACAGCCGGGCAGACGGUGGUCACAGUCAUGCGACCAGAUGCCGCCCUCCAGGUGGACACAGUGGUCCCUAACGCCACAGUGUCUGAGAAAGCAGCUUUCCAGUUGGAUUGUAGCAUCGUGUCUCGCUCAAGCCAGGACUCCCGCUUUGCUGUGGCCUGGUAUUCCCUCAGGACUAAUGGCGUUGGGAAAAGGAGCAGCCUUGGCAGUGAAGAACAGGAAGAGGAGGAGGAGGAGGAGGAGGAGGAAGAGGACAGCGAGGACCCAGCCGAGCGAGUGGUGCUGCUGAGCGUAGGCCCAGACGCUGUCUUUGGCCCAGAGGGCAGCCCGUGGGAGGGCAGGCUGCGCUACCAGAGGCUCUCGCCCCUGCUGUACCGGCUCACCGUGCUGCAGGCCAGCCCCCAGGACACCGGCAACUACUCCUGCCGCGUGGAGGAGUGGCUGCCCAGCCCCCAGAAGGAGUGGUACCGGCUGACUGAGGAGGAGUCUGCCCCCAUUGUCAUCCGGGUUCUGGACACAAGCUCCAGCCUGCAGUCACUCAUCUGCUCCAACGACGCGCUCUUCUACUUCGUCGUCUUCUACCCUUUCCCCAUCUUCGGCAUUCUCGUCAUCACCAUCCUACUUGUGCGCUUCAAAAGCCGGAACUCCAGCAAGAACUCUGACGGCAAGAAUGGGGUGCCCCUGCUGUGGAUCAAAGAACCGCACCUCAACUAUUCCCCUACUUGUCUGGAGCCCCCUGUACUCAGCAUCCACCCGGGCGCCAUCGAUUAAGGAGGACGGCACCCCAGUGGACGUCGGCCCUGGAGGAGCUGCGGCUCUCCCUCCCUGCCUCCUGCUCUGUGACGACAGCCACUGAACCUGCCUCGCAGCAUCUGUCAGACCUGGAAGCGUUCGAAGCUCCAGUUGGUCACAGAGAUGGACUGCCUCCAGGGGGCAGUCUUGGUUGGUUAGCUAUUCGCCCAAAUGUGAUCCUGCCGUCCUAGGUUUCUAGUUUUUGGUUCUGGUAAUGUAGCGAGUAGCCUCAGGUGCCACAUCUAGUCACCGAUAUCUAGUAUUCUCAGAUCCAUGUGACGAGGGUUCUCAUUCUUUGUGACGUACUCUUUUAAGGUCCCUUUGUUUUACCCCUUCCAGAUCCAGUAAUGUUGUGGACAAGUUUCUCUUAUAUACAACUGAUGGCAAGAGGAAGAAUGACUUUAUAGUAACAAGGAAUCUCUUCCAAGACAUUUUGUUUUUGCACAUUUGAAAAUGCCACCCGCAGAUCAAAAUAUACCCAAACAUUUUUUUUUUUUUUUUUUUACUUUCUUAACAAGACUUGGAAAAUGUGUGUAGCGUGGGCCCAAUUUGUAUCUUAUCUUUUCCCUCAGCUGGAGUUGUUGGAAUGACUUUGUAGUCAAGAUGAAAGCAUUGAAUUCUGCUUCAAAGAACUGCAUAUGUGCAAGCAGAAUCCUGCAUAACCCCAUUAGGAGUAGAUGGUGCUCAGCCAGCCUGUCAGGGAGGCAAAAAAAAAAAAAAGGCUUUAUUCUGUCCUUGCCAGAAAAUGAGGAAACUACCUUGGAGGGUGGGUCAGAAGCUCCAGGCAGCGCACAGUUUCCCAGCCCUUAUUGAUGAUGAGCCAGUGAGCAGAGAAGGCGAGGAAGGCUGGGUGUUGCCAGGAGCGGUCUCAGAGGCCUGGGGCAGGUGGCUUCUCUGUGGGGGUGCUUUGCCAAAUUCUCAAGGGGAAUUUGUGGUGAGUCUGAAGAGGUGCCCUGAGCCGAGCACAGUGGUCACUCUGCCUGCCCAGUAGAGGCACUGGGCCACCUUGCUGAGCUUGGCAUAGUGUGGCAGUGGCUCCUAAAUCCUGACACUGCAGCAUCUGGAGGAAUGUCUGCCUCCCUGGGAGCAGGUUUUGCAACUCCUUCCAGCGAGCCUUCUUGAGUACUGGGGUCUUCCUUAUUGGUACUGACCUCUGCCCACACCUCAUGGCAUCUUCUUCCUCACCAUCCUGGCAAGGUCCAGGCAGGGCCUGGGCUUGGGAUGCAGCACAUAUAUUGAGUGGGGUUCCCCUUCUCUUUCUUGGAUCUUUUUGUCAUUUUAGGCUAUUUGGUUAUGUUUUAGUGUGUCUGCUCCGUUGGCCAGGUCCUAGCUGCCACAGAGUGACGUCAUUGCUGACUGUUACCUUUGCUCGCUCUGCGAGGGAGCCUUUAUGUCCUGCUUCCCCGCACUUCACUGGCCAAAUGUGCCAUCGUCCUUUUUGGAACUCAGUUCAUAAAUCUCAAGAUGGACCCCAUUUGGAAAAAUCCACUAGGAAUCUUGAAAGGCAAUCUAAUGAGAAAUUCCUUUGGAAACAGGCCCUAAGAAUAAACAUUCUAAGGGAGGCUGUGGAACAGCCUCCCCCACUUCCCUCCCCCUCUCACCCUCCAGCCCCGUGGGUGCAGAUCUUUCCAAGAGGUCCGCAGGGCGCGUGGGCUGCUCAGUGGUGCCGUGCUCUACUGCGGGGCUCACAGACCCACCCCCCCUCCCCUCCCCACACUCCGGUUCUCCGAGAUGGCAGGUGGGCAGCACCACCUUAUCCCUCUGGUGCCUGCCCUGCUGAUUCUCACUUAAGCUGCACCAACAUGGAAGAGGUACCGAACUGACCCAGCCAUGAAGAAAGAAUGUCUUUUGCUCCAUUUCUUCAUUUCAGGGGUGUGGGCGUCCAGUGGGAAAGUGCUGACUCCAAAUCUUUAGGCUGAGUCAACAAGAGACUGACUGUUCCUGUCUGAGUAGACAGAUGCCGGAGGGCUGCCGGGAUUAAGACGUCAGUUCGAAUUGGUUCCCAGCAGUAAAGAGUAGGCGUUGCACAUACACGUGUGGAGCAAUUGCAGAAUGUUUGACAGGACGAAAGAAACCGAAGCCAGUAUUUUAACAGUUGCUUUUUGUGUGUAUUUUCUGCGGGACUGGGAAUACCAUCAAAGAUUGAGCUUUUUGAGCUUUCUAUGAAAAACCGCAGGACUUUUCUGUGGCCAUUUCUAUGGAAAUGUGGUGCCAGAUGAGUGGUGAUGGUGCCCUCCAGUGGCUGCGAGACCUUAUUGCACAUUGUUGCUCAGAGCGGAAAACUGCUGGAUACUCACGGCUUAGUACUGGACAGUGCUGCAUUGAUGAGAACCUGCGCUGUGCCGGCGCUCCCUGACGCAGACGUGCUCACGCCCUCUCACCAGGGUGUUUCUGUAGCAACUUUUCAUAUUCUUUUCAAACAAUGGUUUCUCUGCGUUCAUUGUUGAAGAAAAGAGAUAGGGUAAGAAAACUACCCAUGCAUGAUGUAGAGAGCUAUUGAUUUGUUUCGUUUUUUAAAGGAAAAACUAUUUGUAACAUGUUGCACUAAGACUUUUAUAUACACUUCAGAGACCUGUAGUAAAUUAUGUUGACAAUA